GUCACGGUUGGGUUGUGAUUAUGAUUGUUCAUUUUAAAAUGGAACGUAAGUCGGCCACGUCCUCCAACUCGAGUUUAAAUGUAAAGCGAAUAGAUACGUGUACUUAAAGCUGAACUCCACGCAAGCACGCACGCACGCAGACGUGGCAGUGAGCGACGCGCCUCCUUAUGACGGUUUUCCGAUCCGAGUGUACUCCGCUUCCGGCACGUCAACAUGGCGCCGCCAGUGCCGCUCUUAGCAGUAAGAGAGUCGGGCGGGACGUCGCUCUUUUGCGGUCCCCCUACCUGCCAGGAGCACGCCGCUUUCACCAGGGAUCCUCGUGCGAGCCAAUACCUGACGUUCAGCAGUGAUGGCUCGCGGUUGGCGUGGUGCAAUGGAAAAGUCGUGUCGGUGGCGCGGACCUCGGACGGCUCCCCGGUGGCCACAUUGGAGCUGCCCAAGACGGCAAUGCUGCGCUUCUCUCCUCUCGCCAACAUCCUGGUCACCUGGCAGCCCUACACCAAGAGCGGCGAGGCGGCUCAGGGCGACGCCAACCUCCGUCUGUGGGAGCUGCCCGGCGGCGGCCUGCUCAAAGGCUUGUUCCAGAAGAAGGCGGACGCUUGGUGUCCCAGCUGGUCCCAAGACGAGAAGAUGGCCGUGAGGAUGGUCAGCAACGAGCUGCACUUCUUUGAGGAUAACAAUUUCAACGUCAUCGCCAACAAGCUUCACGUGCAGAAAAUUUCCAACUUUGAGCUUUCACCGGGAGCUCAUCCCAGCAAGGUAUGCGUGUACGUCCCCGGCAGCAAAGGGGCGCCAUCAUUCGUGCGCCUCCUCCAGUACCCGCACUUGGCGGGGCCUGGCGCCGCCCUGGCCUCCAAGAGCUUCUUCAAGGCUGACCGCGUCAACAUGCAGUGGAACAACAAAGCCUCGGCCGUGCUGGUGACGGCGAGCACCGAGGUGGACAAGAGCGGCGCGUCAUACUACGGCGAGCAGACUCUGCACUACCUCCACGUCGGCGGAGAGACGGCGCACGUGCAGCUUGCCAAGAGCGGGCCCAUUUACGACGUGGCCUGGAGUCCAAACUCCAGCCACUUCUGCGUGGUUUACGGCUUCAUGCCGGCCAAGGCCACAGUCUUCAACCUCAAGUGCGACGCCGUCUUCGACUUUGGGACCGGACCGCGCAACGCCGCCUACUACAGUCCGCAGGGUCACAUCCUGGUCCUGGCGGGAUUCGGCAAUCUUAGGGGUCAGAUGGAAGUUUGGGACAUCAAGAAGUACAAACAGGUCUCCAAAAGUCAGGCGGCAGACGCCACUCACUUCAGUUGGUGUCCGGACGGCGAGCACGUGCUGACGGCCACGUGCUCGCCGCGGCUGCGCGUGGGCAACGGCUUCCAGGUGCGCCACUACACGGGCGGCGUGGAGCACGCACACCAGACGCCCGAAGGCAGCGAGCUGUGGGAAGUCCGCUGGCAGCCCUUCCCAGACGGAACCUUCCCCGAGCGGCCGGUCCGGCAGCAGGCGGCCGGACCGGGCGGCGCGCAGGCCGCACCCGCUCAGGCCUACAGACCGCCGGCGCUCAGGCACCUCCCCGCUGCGCCCACAUCCAAAUUGCACGAGGAGGAGGCGCCUCAGAACGCGCGGUCCUUCGACAAGCCUUUGUCCAAAGCGGCACUGAAGAAUCAGAAGAAACGAGAAGCGCGCAAAGCUGCCAAACAGGAGAGCGCGGCCGAGCCUGAGCCACCCUCCGAGCCCGCCCGCGUGGCUCGCGACCAAUCGACGGAGACCUGCGACGACCCCGAAAUGGAGAAGAAGCUCAAGAACGUCAAGAAGAAGCUGAAAGCUAUCGAGGAGCUGAAAGAGCAACAGUCGUGUGGAAAGGUUCUGCAGAAGAACCAGCUGGAGAAGUUGCAGAAGGAGCAGCAGCUGCUGGAUGAGCUCAAACUACUGCGAGUGCAUCAGUGAUCCUCCGCGGCGUCCCUCUCUCGGGUCGCUGAGCAACAUCUCCUGUCUUGCGCAAUAAUAAAAAGGCCUCCUUUCCAGA